ACUGGGAGAGAGCGGAGGGAACUGGGAUGGAACUGGGACAGAACGGGAACCUGGGGAGAAUGGGGGCAGCACGGGGGGGACCGGGACAGAACGGGGGGGACCGGGAGAGAAUGGGAGCCCCGAGAUGGAGCGGGACCCUCGGUGUGAAACUGGGAGAGAACGGGAACCUGGGGGAACCGGGAGAGAACGGGAACCCCAGAGUGGGACUGGGACCUGCUGGGAGCCUGGGGGUGGAACCGGGACAUCCCGGAGCCCCCGUGUGGAACCGGGACGUGUUGGGACCCUCAGAGUGGAGCUGGGCCGUGCUGGGAGCCCCAGUUUGGAACUGGGACGUGCUGGGAGCUCCAGUUUGGAACUGGGACGUGCUGGGAGCCACGGGGAGGACGAUCCCGGCAUGGAGGAGGAGAGCCCGUUAGGUGCCACCCGCUGUGUCCCCGGUGCUGAACGGGGCACGGGCACCCCCCGGGAGGAGGAGGAGGAGGAAGAAGAGGAGGAGGAGGAUGACGAGGACGUGGCUGGUGACACCGAGGACAUCCCGCUGCUGGCAGGGGCGGCCCCGCGACAGCAGCGGCGACAGCAGCGCUCCGCCAGUGAGGAUGAGGACGGCUGGGAGGCCACCCCCUCUGUCGCCACUGUCGCCGCUGCCAGCGCGGACGCGCGCAGCCCGGAUCUCUUCGAGCGCCUGCAGCACGCCGUGAGCUCCCUGGAGCGCGCCGUGUUCUCCCGCCACCGGCAGCCCCCGCCGCGGCCGCCGCCCGCCCCGGGCUGGCACAGAGCGCUGCAGAGCUUGCAGGAGCUGAGCCGGACACCGGGCUGGGCGCGCCGCUGGUGGCCGGAGGUGGCGGCGGGCCCCGGGCUCCCGGUGGAGGUGGCGGCGGCGGCGGCGAGGAACGCCAGCCUGCGGGCAGCGCUGGACCAGCGGGACGAGGAGCUGGGCACGGCCACGGCCGCGCUGCGGGCGCUGCGGGGCGAGCGGGAACGCCUGCAGGGCAAGGUGCGGGACCUGCGGGAGGCUCUGGCCAGGCUGGAGGAGCUGGGGGGGUCUGGCAGUGACACCCCCGGGGUCGGUGGCACCUCUGGGACUGGCGACAUCUCCGGGAACGGUGACACCCCCGGGACCGGUGACACUCCCGGGGUCGGGGACACUCCCGGGACCGGUGACACUCCCGGGCCCAGCAGCCCCCCUGGGCACCGGCCCCGCGCCCCGCUGUCCCCCCAGCCCUCGGCGGGACCCGGCCGGGAGCAGGAGGAGCGGCUGCAGCAGCUGCAGGGGGUGCUGGCGCGGCUGCAGGAGGCGAACCGGGAGCUGCUGGCGGCGCUGGGCGAGUGCAAGGACGAGGCGGAGCGGCUGAGCCUGGAGCUGGGCCGGAGAGAGGCGCGCUGCAGCGGGCUGAGGCUGGCACUGCGCUGCAGCGAGCGCUGCGGGGGGGCCUACGCCGCCCUCCUGGACCUGGUGCGGGCAAAGGUGGCACCGGAGGGUGGCACCCGUGGGGCGGCACUGCCCGCGCCGAGCUCGGGAACCGGGACGGAACCGAGCCCGGGCCGUGCACCGGGACCCGGCCCCGCCACACCGGAACCGAGCCCGGGCCGCGCACCGGGACCUGGCCCCGCCACACCGGAGCCCCCGGGGCCAGCGGAGCCGGACAGCCGUGAGGACUCCGCGGACAGCCCCCGGGGGAUGGAGGAGGGAGCGCUGCGGGAACGCAUCCGGCGGCUCCGCGCCGAGCAGGCGGCGGUGGAGGGGUCGCUGCUGGACGCCCCCGAGCCCUCGGAGCCCCCCCGGGAGCGCGACCCCCGAGGCCGGGCGGAGCGGGCGCUGCGGGAAGCGCGGGCGCUGCUGCCCGGCUGGAGGCGGCCGGACAAGGAGGAGCUGCUACAGGAGCUGGCGGUGCUCAAGGAGGCGCUGGCGGAGCUGCGGACGCGGCUGCAGCUGGCGCAGAAGGAGAAGCGAGCGCUGGAGCUGCUGCUGACCGCGCACGGACCCCGCGAGGCCGCGCUGCGCCUCCUGCUGCGGGAACGGGAGCGGGAGCGGCACCGGGACCGGGAACCGGAACGGGACGGGCGGGACGGAGCCUCCGGCAGCUCCGGCAGCAGCUCCGGCAGCAGCUCCGAGGAGGAGGCGCGGAUGGGCCGGGGGGCGGCGAUGGCUCCGGGGAACCCCCCGGACCCCCGGAGAACGAGGGAGGAGCUGCUGCGGAUCCGGGCCAGGACGGAGCAGCUGCGCGGCCGCGCCCGGGAGCUGGCGCUGGCCCUGGAGCGGGGCAGCGCUGCCAGCCGUGCCCAGCAGGGACACAGCGCCAGCGUCACCCUGGAGCUGCUCCAGGCGCACAGCUCGCUGGCUCUGGCGUACCGCGGGGCGCGGCGCAAGCAGGCGGAGCAGCUGCGGCGGCUGCGGGCGCGGGCGGCGGCGCUGCGGGGCCAGCACGGCCGCAGGGAGCGAGCCCUGGCCCGGACACUGCGGGAGCUGCAGCGCGGAGGAGAGACCUGCAUCUAGGGAAUCCCUGGGGGGACACGGAAAUCCCUGGGGAAAGCUGGAAAUUCACGGGGGAAUCUGGAAAAUAUAUGGGGAGAUUCGGAAA